CCGCCCCCGCCCUGCCGGCGCCCUUCCCAAGAUGGCGCCGCGCCUCGCUUCCGCCCGUGCGGGGAACCCCGCGGCGGAUAUAGCGGCGCCCGCUUCCGCUCCGGCCCCUUUCCGGCCGCGGCCGCCCGCACGCCACCAUGCCCCUGGCCAAGGACCUGCUGCACCCGUCCCCCGAGGAGGAGAAGCGGAAGCACAAGAAGAAGCGCCUGGUGCAGAGCCCCAACUCCUACUUCAUGGACGUCAAGUGCCCCGGGUGCUACAAGAUCACCACGGUGUUCAGCCACGCGCAGACCGUCGUGCUGUGCGUCGGCUGCUCCACCGUGCUGUGCCAGCCCACCGGCGGCAAGGCGAGGCUCACAGAAGGAUGCUCCUUCAGGCGAAAGCAGCACUAAGCGGAGGGAGCUGCGAUGGCUGGGACUACGCGCACAGAUGCCCGCACAGCUCGCCGGGAGGAGAGGUGACCGCAGAACGAGACGCCAAGGUGUGACCUGAGCGUGCUGUCCAGGAAGGCCAGCCAGGAAUGUGACUGUCAUGCUGUCCCUGUAGCCCCACCCAUCUUGCUGUCAAUAAAUUUUGGAUAAAAUACA